AUGAGGUUCUUCUCUCGAGCUAUCGUCGUGCUUGCGACGGCCGCCACUGUGGCCCUCGCUGUACCCAUGCAGAAGAGGGCACAGUACCCUGACCCCAACGACGACCCUUUUUACAGGGUGCCAGCCAACAUCAACACCUAUGCCAAUGGUCAGGUGAUCCAGUCUCGCAGUGCCACCACCGACAUUGGCACGCAAAACAACGCUGCGUCCUUCCAGCUUCUGUACCGCACCACUGACACGCAGAACAACGCCACAGCCAGCGUCGCCACGGUGUGGAUCCCGAGCAAGCCGGCGUCGCCACCCAAGAUCUUCUCCUACCAGGUGUACGAGGAUGCUACGCAGCUCGACUGCGCCCCGAGCUACAACUACCUGAGUGGCUUCGACCAGCCGGGCAAAGGCACUGUCAUCACUGACACGCCCAUCGCCAUCAGCUGGGCGCUGCAGCAAGGCUACUAUGCCGUCUCUUCGGACCACGAGGGCUUCCGAUCUGCCUUCAUCGCCGGCUACGAAGAGGGCAUGGCCAUUCUCGAUGGCGUUCGCGCCUUGAAGAACUACAAGAGCCUGCCUAGCAACAGUGCCGUCGGGUUCUACGGGUACAGUGGUGGUGCGCAUGCCACAGGCUGGGCCGUCAGCUUGUCGGGUGCCUACGCCUCGGACCUCAACAUCAUCGGUGCCGCCUACGGAGGCCUGCCCGCCAGUGCUAAGGACACCUUCCUGUUCCUCAACGCCAAGAGUCCCUUCGCCGGUUUCGCCAUUGCUGGUGUUUCGGGUCUGGCUCUCGCGCACCCGGAUAUGGAGGCUUUCAUUCAGCCUCGUCUCAACGCACGCGGACGCCAGGUGCUGCAGCAGAUCCGAAGUCGAGGCCAGUGCAUCGGCCAGGUCUCGACCGGCUACCCGUUCCUGGACACCUUCUCGCUGGUCAACGAUACCAACCUGCUCAAUGAGGAGCCUAUCGUGAGCAUUCUCAAGGCCGAGACGCUGGUGCAGAGCGAGGCGGGCUACACGGUGCCUGUUCCCAAAUUCCCCCGCUUCAUGUGGCAUGCGCUCGAGGACGAGAUUGUUCCCUUCCAGCCAGACGCGCAGUACGUCAAGGAGCAGUGCUCCAAGGGCGCCGAUAUCAAUUGGAACAUCUACCCCGUCGCAGAGCAUAUCUCGGCCGAAUUGCUCGGCUUGGUGCCUGCUCUGGCGUGGUUGGAGACGGCGUACGCGGGACAGGCUCCGCGCGUCCUCUGCGGUGUCGGUGUGCCCGUGCCUCAGCCGUCGGCAUUCACCGUGCUCGGUGACAAGCUGGCACAGCAGUUCAAGAGCCUCGCUGGUCAACAGUCGGCUUUCGGCAAGACUUUCCCUAGCAUCUAA